AUGGCCGACGCAACCACCGUCAUGAAUCUCCCACAUCUCACCGGCCUCCAUCAGCGCCGGAACCCACUGGAAGAUAAUCCCUUCUUUCACCCUUCCCAUGGCUUCUACAUCUCUCCUUCGGACGUCAUCCUCUCCCAGGUCGUCUACGACCUCUCUUCCGACUCCCAGCCACGCGUUUCCUAUCUCAGGGCUGGUCCCCGCCGAGAUAUCCUCUAUGAGCCAUCGACUGUCAAGGCGGCGAUUGUGACUUGCGGAGGGUUGUGCCCGGGCAUGAACACCGUCAUUAGAGAGCUUGUUGUUGGUCUGUGGGAACUCUACGGAGUGAGACAGAUCUAUGGAAUUCCGGCUGGUUACAGAGGCUUUUACUCCAUGGAAGCCGUCGAAUUAAACCCCAAGCUGGUUCAUAACUGGCACAAGAAAGGCGGCACCGUCCUCGCCACCUCCCGUGGCGGCUUCGAUCUCCAGAAAAUCGUCAAUGCCAUCCAACACAACGGUUACAACCAGGUGUAUAUAAUCGGAGGAGACGGCACAAUGCGUGGGGCGGUGGAGAUAUUCAAGGAAGUCAGCCGCAGGAAGUUGGAGGUGGGAAUCACAGGUAUUCCAAAAACAGUGGACAACGACGUCGGCAUCAUUGAUAGAUCAUUCGGGUUUCAAACGGCGGUAGAGAUGGCUCAGGAGGCUAUAUCCGCUGCUCACGUGGAGGCUGAGAGCGCAGUCAAUGGCAUUGGGCUAGUGAAGCUGAUGGGGAGAAGUACAGGUCACAUUGCCCUACACGCCACUCUUAGCAGCCGUGAUGUGGACUGUUGUUUGAUCCCGGAGAUGAGCUUCUAUCUUGAAGGCAAAGGAGGGCUGUUUGAGUUUCUUGAGCAGAGACUGAAAAAUCAUGGACAUGCCGUACUUGUUGUCGCCGAAGGGGCUGGACAAGAGAUAAUCCCAAGAAAUGAAGCGCAGAGACAAGAGACGGAUGAGUCUGGAAACUUAGUUUUCUUGGAUGUGGGAGUUUGGUUGAAGUCUGCGUUGAAGGAAUGGUGGGAGAGAGAGCAUCCAGGGAAGCUCUUCACCGUGAAGUAUAUCGAUCCCACUUACAUGAUAAGAGCUGUGCCUGCGAAUGCUAUAGAUAACUUGUAUUGUACGCUCUUGGCUCACUCGGCUAUCCAUGGAGUCAUGGCUGGUUACACAGGGUUCGUGUCUGGCCCGAUCAAUGGGAAUUAUGCUUAUAUCCCCUUAGAGGAGGUGGCACAGACUAAGAAUGAAGUGAACACGAGUGACCACAAAUGGGCUUGGGUGCGCUCAGUCACGAACCAGCCUGAUUUUAUUGGAGAAACAGUGUGA